AUGGCCACUAACUCGACAACGACCGAAUUCAUCGACAUCUCCGAGAGGAUCGAGUCCGUGGUAGCACCAUGGCGGACAACAACAGUAGAGAAGCCCCCUUUCACUGCGGAGCAGCUCACAGCGAUGGCGAUUCUGGUGAACGGAGGCGAAGUGUUCGAGGUUCAGAUCCACAGAUGGGGGCUGGAUACUUUUGCGUAUUAUCGUCAAGAGCUCGCGCGAGGACUCUGCGCACUGCCUACAGGCGGUUCCGAUCCUAGGACUACGCUUGGAGUGCGAGGCGUUCUAGAUAUUCACCGUGGCAUCACGAGUGCAGUCCAGAGUUUCGACCUGCCUUUACUCGACAACCACGACGAUUGGGGUCCUGAUUUUGGCAACCUGAGUGAAGACAAUUGGGUUGAAUACCUCUACGAACUUGAAUCAAAUGCGUCGCAGCGCUGCUAUCGUUUGGCCACGUCCGCAGGCGAACAGAUGCUGUCAUCCGUCUUCCGUCGCCCAGGCGCGAAAGACCAAUCCACCUUCAAAUUCUUCGGACUGUCCGCUGAACUGCGAGAGAGGAUCUACGAGAUGGUGUUUGCAUAUCCUUCGUCUGGACUUGAGGUUUGCGACCGUCGCUCUACAGAACAUGCUCCCAAGAGCGCAAGAGGGGGUUUCUUAACCCUGUCCAGAAGCUGGGACGAUAGCUUCACCUGGAAGAAGUGGAAUUUUAUCGCUAUCGGCGCGAUGAACCCACCAAUGAACAAGAUCCUUCGUCCGUUGCUUAUCGGCAAGCGAUUCUACAACGAGGUGAUGCCCGUUUUCUACCGCAUCAAUCAUUUCCACUUCCCUGAUCCUCACCUGCUCUCUUGGUUUGCGAAGAACGUAGCCCCUACCCGGCUACAACGCAUCGCCCAAAUCUCCAUCGACGUUCGUCGGGAUCCCCGGGCUCUGGAUGACGCAUUCUUCAUUCUUUCCCGCCUGCAGAAUCUCCGUAUCCUUGACGUCAAGGUCGACGAGGAAAAGUCGAGGAGCAGGGGGAGGCCAGACCUCUGGGAUCAGGUAAUGCGAGGGAAAAGCGUGAAGAAGUUGGAUGGAAUGCGCGGGCUGAAGUCGGUCACGGUUGAGGGCAGUCCGACCUUGGAGCGAGAGGUCGAACCGUUGAUGUUGCGAACAAAGGCUGAGCAGGCAGCUCUCAAGCCGCGGACUAUGAACGGAAAGUCUUGGAGCAGUAUGCGGAGCUGGUGCGAAGGAAGGGGAAGGAGGCUGUGGCCCAGCAAGAGGGGCUUAGGGAGUGAGUAG